GAACAGUUUGAAAGGAGCUCUGUGUGUACUCAUUUAUGAGGCAAGGGGGCAGGGAGAAUAGAAAAGCCUGCUGCUAUCACUCCUCAAAGACGGCAAACACUUAAAGGGGAGCGUAAAGCCUCAAGACAUCUUUAAAAGAAAGCUAUUACAUCUUUAGUGCCUUCACGUACAGCACCAUCAUGUCUUGCAUGCUUUGGUUUGCUUUUUCAGUGUUGCUUUUUCUGCCAACUUAUGAGGCUGGAAGACAGAUGCCCAAACUCUCCGACAAGAAACUCUGUGCUGAUGCUGAAUGUAGCCGUAAGUAACACACCCACUGACUUCUUUUGCAGAAAAUAAUUGCUUUGCAUGAUUCAUUUUUUAACAAGUACAGAAAAAAAGCACAGUAUUGCUUCUCAGUGCAAAAAAUAUCUGCAUGAUAUUAAGCAGCCUCUGCCUUUCCUACUCAAUGCUUGCACAGAUCCUAUCCUGAUAGCUCGUGCUGUACAGGAUUAUUACCCCGGGGACUGCAGGUUCAUUCCCAUCAGACAAGGGCAGCUUAUCUAUGUCUAUGCAAUGCUGAAGGACAGAGGGAACCUUUUCUGGGCAGGCAGUGUAAGACAUUGGAUCAUCAUGGGAUUAUAACUUUUGCUGUGGCAUGCUAUAAUGAAGUUGCUUGUAUUUUUCUAAUGUAUACUCUUUCAUGUAAAUAUCCUCUACAGGUCCAAGACUCAUAUUAUGGACAGCAGGAGGCUCGCAUUGGUCAUUUCCCCAGCAGCGUGGUGGAGGAGACUCAUCCUCUUAUGCCAGCCAACACUGAAGUCAAGACUACUGUGGGUGAAAACACACAUGCACACACACACACACACACACACACACACACACACACACACACACACACACACACACACACACACACACACACACACACACACACACACACACACACAACAUAACAGGUAUAUGUGGUUCCUUUUGUCACAUCUUUUCCUUUUUCUCUUAUUAACAGAAAUGGGACUUCUACUGUAACUGAUGAGGGAACAAACAUCAUGUCAACAUGGUACAAGAUAACAUCAGUAUUAUCUCAUCUCAUGCAUCAUAUUCAGUAAAAAUAUAGGUUUGCAUUCUCACUGUUGCUGAUACUCUGUAUUUUAGAAGGUAUAGCUUCAAACAGGGGAAAAUUUGCAGUGGUUUCAUAAUUUUGGUAUAAAAAUUCUUGAAACAUAAACCUUUGCUGCUUGUGUAUUAUAAUAUGCCUUCAUAUUAUUCAUAUCUGCCUUACAGGCAUUUGAAUGUGUUUGUCAAAUUGUAAAAGAUAAAUAAUGUGUUUUGAAAAGAAUUAAUGUAAAAUUCAGACUGUCUUUGUUCUGACUCCUGUUAUCUGUUAGACAUCUGUCAGCUUUGAUUCUUCAAGUCUGUGUUCAACAAUAAAUGUCUGCUUGUCUGUAAAGGUA